GUAUGUGUGUGUGUGUGUGUGUGUGUGUUCAAGGGAGCACCUGGGCCUUCAAAGCAGUGUGAACAUCAUGUUGCCGUGCGACAUUGCCGAGCUGUUCCGCUACGAAGGCCCGAACCCGCGACGGAUGGUCCUGCAGCCGUGGGCCAUGCACCGGGAGAUCCGCGGCCACGAGAAAGGAGUCUUCCUCAAGAACGGUGGCGAGUGGCGCGCCGACCGUCUGCUCCUCAACAAGGAGGUGAUGCUGAGCGCCGCCGUCAAGCGGUUGGUCCCCUACAUGGACGAGGUGGCGAGGGACUUCUGCCGGAUGAUCGAGGGCCGGAUGAUCGAGAGCCGGCCGGAGGGUGGAAAGCACGACAAAAGCAGCCUGACCUUCAACCCCAGUCCAGACCUCUUUGCCUUUGCGCUGGAAGCCAGCUGCUACGUUCUGUACGGGGAGCGCAUCGGCCUCUUCUCGUCCAAGCCCUCCAUAGAGUCUCAGAAAUUUAUCUGGGCGGUGGAAAGAAUGCUGGCCACCACCGUGCCGCUCCUCUACCUGCCCUCCGCGCUGCUGGAGCGCAUCGGCGCCUCCUUGUGGACCCAGCACGCGACGGCGUGGGACCACAUCUUCACCCACGCCGAGGCCAGGAUGAAGAGGGGCUUCCAGCGCUUGUCUUCCGGACCCGAAGCGGGCGAGAUCCCCGGCGUUCUGGGCCAGCUGCUGGAGAAAGGACAACUGCCCCGCGAGACUAUCAAAGCCAACAUGACGGAACUGAUGGCGGGCGCGGUGGACACGACGGCCGUGCCGCUGCAGUUUGCUCUGUUCGAGCUGGCUCGGAACCCCGCCGUGCAGGAGAGCGUCAGGCGGCAGGUGAACGAGGCGGUGGGCCAGGCAGGCGGGGACCCUCACAAAGCCCUGGAGGGGGCGCCGCUACUAAAAGGCACCGUCAAGGAGAUUCUCAGGCUGUAUCCAGUCGGCAUCACGGUGCAGCGCUACCCGGUCCGAGAUCUGGUUCUUCAGAAUUACCACAUCCCUGCCGGGACCUUGGUCCAGGCGUGCCUUUACCCCAUGGGGAGGAGCGCGGAGGUCUUCGACGACCCUCUGACCUUCGACCCGGCUCGGUGGGCCCGCAUGCGCCAGGAGAGGACCGAUGGCGGCGGCGCCUUCCGCUCGCUGGCGUUCGGCUUCGGCUCCAGGCAGUGCGUCGGCCGCAGGAUCGCUGAGAAUGAGAUUCGCCUUUUGCUCAUGCACAUCCUGCUCAACUUCCACCUCAGUGUGUCCUCAUCUCAAGACAUUGACACCAAGUUGACGCUCAUCCUGCAGCCCGAGUUGCCGCCCAGGAUCACCUUCAGGAUGCUCUGAUGCACGCACGUGCGCGCGCUCACACACACACGCAUGCAUGCACGGACGCACGCACGUGCGCGUGCUCACACACGCAUGCAUGCACGCACACACAC